AUGAGUGUUGUUAAAGAAAAUAAAGGAGGUGUUUUCUUCGUUUAUGGUUAUGGUGGAACGGGUAAAACUUUUCUGUGGAAGACAAUAUCUGCAGCAAUUAGAUCUGACGGUAACAUUGUUUUAAAUGUUGCUUCAAGCGGUAUUGCUUCAUUAUUAUUGCUCGGUGGUAGAACAGCACACUCUCGAUUUAUACUUCCAUUUGAACUUACAGAAGAUUCUUUUUGUAAAAUAAAUCCAGAUGGUGAGUUGGCUAGCUUAAUAAGAAAAAGCUCUUUGAUAAUUUGGGAUGAAGCACCUAUGAUCCAUAAGCAUGCAUUUGAAGCUUUAGAUCGAACAUUGAAAGAUGUGUUAAGGUGUGGAAAUUCUAGCAUCUCAAAUAUUCCUUUUGGAGGGAAAGUUAUUGUCUUUGGAGGAGAUUUCAGACAGAUUAUACCUGUAGUUCCGGGUGGCAGUAGACAAAACAUUGUUAAUGCUUCUUUGAGUUCCUCAUAUUUAUGGCAACAUUGCAAAGUGUAUAGAUUAACAAAAAAUAUGAGACUCAGUGUUGGAAAGGAUCAAGCUAAUAUAGAAAAAAUAAAAGAUCUUGCAAUUUGGUUAUUGGAUAUAGGAGAAGGCAAACUCGGUGGUCCGAACGACGGCAAAACGAUUAUCGAUAUUCUGGAUGAUAUUCUCAUUAAUGCUCCAGAUGAUCCUAUAGGUUCAUUAAUUGAGUUUGUAUAUCCUUUAAUUUUGGAGAAGUAUAGCAAUACAAAUUAUUUCCAAGAAAGAGCGAUACUUGCUCCAAAGAAUGAAGUUGUUCAAGAAAUAAACGACCGUUUGCUUAAGAAGUUCCCAGGAGAUGAGGUUGAAUAUUUAAGUUCAGAUAGCAUAUGUGAGUCCGAAUUUGUCCAUGAUCAGUUUGAUGCAAAUUUAUACUCUCCUGGUGUAUUAAAUGGUCUCAAAGUAUUCGGUCUACCAAAUCAUAAGUUAGUUUUAAAAAUUGGUGUUCCAGUAAUGUUACUGAGAAAUAUUGAUAAGAAAAACGGCUUAUGUAAUGACACAAGACUACAGGUGAUAUCAUUGGGCAAACGUGUUAUCGAGGCGCGUAUAAUAACUGGAACUAAUAUUGGAAACCGAACUUUUAUUCCAAGAAUGUUUUUAACUCCAUCAGAAAAAAAAAUUUUCAUUCAAAUUCACAAGAAGACAGUUUCCUUUGGCGGUAUGUUUUGCAAUGACUAUUAA